AUGCCUAUGGAAGGUUCUGACAUGGAGAGGCUGCGCGCUGAUCUUAUACAACGAUCACGUAUGGAGCGAGGUGGUAGUCCGAAUGGAGGCGUCGCCAACGUCGACGUCCAUGUUGAUAUCGAGGCCGGACAGCGUCAGCCCACUAUACAAGAGACUCGCCCAAGUGCAGCGCCAUUAUCACAGCUGUUGAACCGUGGAGAACCUGCUUCAAUGACCGGGCAACCUCAGCUCGCCGAAAUCGAGAGCAUCAAAUCCCAAGACUCCAAUGCGAAUCGGCCUGGUGCUUCUCGACGGUUCGCACUUCCUGGUUUCCUACGAGUAUGGGGCCGUAACAACAACACGUCAACAAACGACAUUCGCAAUGCCACUGCAUCUCCUGCGCCGCUGCUGCCCAUAACUGAAGCUACACCGACGACGAGGCCGGAGCCUGUGGCUACUCCUUCAGAAUCCCAUCAAUCACGGCGCUCACGUCGCCAUCGAACUCCUCAUGAUCCUCUUGAGGCGCAUCUUUCUGAAAUUCUUGGCGGGCCCAGUGUUCGACGACAACGGAGGAGGCGGCAACAUCAUGAUGGAGAAAGAGACCAGCAGCGAUCGCACAGGAGUCACCAACAACCAAAGUAUUUCCUGGGCUGUAUACCCUGGGUUCGGUCAAGGCGCAUGAGAGCACAGGUCCUGAGAUGUAUGACUUCGGGUCUCUUUCUGAUAAUACUGCUCACUGUCUACUUCUGCCUCUCACUCACCAGCAAGGUUAAUACCCGUGAGAUGAACAUUAUGCUCAUCCUCGUAAUACUCUUCGCCUCUGCCUUCUUCUUCCACAGUCUCAUCCGACUCUGCCUAUUGAUAAUAAGAGGGAACCGGGAAGCAGCUCUGCGAGCAAAUCGGCCUCCUCGGUAUCGUGCUCCACGAUAUGCAGUGCCCCCUGUUCCUAUCCCCGUUGUUCUUGCGCGAGAUGAAGAGGCUGUAGGCAUGGAAAGUGAAGCGACAAAGGUGCUACCUCCAGCCUAUGGUCGUUGGCGCGAGACAGUGCGAGUCGACCCGGACCGUCUAUUUUGGCAACGUAACCAGGACGUGGAUAUUUCUCAGAUAAGACCCAAUACCCGGUCUGGUCCUCGGCCACCAUCGUAUGUGUCCGAGGACGGUAUAUCAACACAAUUUCCGUCUCCCCCUCAGGGCACCGAUCCUCCGUCUGAUGGUUACAUUCCUUAUAUUGCUUCGGCUGACGGUUUCAAUUCUGGAGCGAAGCAUUCUGAACCCCAGGCGAACAUUUCUGGCCUUAAAGUGAAGGCAUCUAGUCUCACAUCGAUGCCUUCUGGCCAAUAUCCAAAAACUUCCAACCCUCAACCAAAGUCUCCUGAACUCCAAGUGAAGCCACUUGACCCUGUAUCGAUGCCGCCAGGCCAACAUUCAAAGACUCCCGACCCUCAACGAAAGUCUUUGAAGCCACCUGGUACCCAAAACCCAGUACUCGAGGAGGAAAACGACUGGCAUCCAACUGCUGCUCAAACCAAGGCUGAGGACGAAAAAGCCAAGGGUGUUGUCAACUAUUUGCCUGGAUGUGAACGCAAGUCUCUAUUCGGAGACGUGGACAAGAUGGCCAAGCCUGUAACGACAUCAUCAGUGCCUCACCAGUAUGGGCUUCCAAGGGACCCAGUAACUGGGCAGUCGUAUAAUAACAACCAGACUCGAGCACAUGGCAACAAGCUUGCACAGAACAACUCCUUUUUUCCGAAGCGCCAGCCUUUGGCCCUUUCAAGUCACCUAUCCCCGAAAAAGAACCCAUAA